GUACACCAGAAAUCUUGUGGACGCUGGGAACGGAAAGUUUAAUCUGAUGAUCUUAUGCUGGAACGAGGCUCAGGGUAGCAGCAUACACUCCCACGCCAACUCCCACUGUUUUCUUAAAGUUCUAGAUGGCAGUGUUACUGAAGAACUUUAUGAAUGGCCCACCAAUCAAGAAGAAAAUGACAACAGUAUUGAGGGAAAUGAAAGUGGAAUGAAAAAAUGGGCAGAGAAUCAGUACUCCGUAGGCCAGUGUGCAUACAUUAAUGAUAACAUUGGACUUCACCGAGUUGAAAAUUGUAGUCACACUGACAAGGCAGUGACCUUACACUUGUACAGUCCACCAUUUGAUGAGUGUCAGUGUUUUGAUCAAAGAACUGGUCGUGCUACUGUUUCUAAAGUUACAUUCUGGUCAAAAUAUGGAAGAAGAACACCUUUUGGACGCAACCCAGAGCAGACUCCAGGGUGCUGUGUAGUUGAAAAUAACUAAAAUCUCUGGACAAAAUUCUGUUAUAAUUUUUGUUAUGAAGUGCUUGGCACAAAUACUGAAGUCUUUAUUUAAGUAGGUCAGUUCUUCUGUAUGUCCUUCAAUUUUAAGAAAAGGAAAAUUUAUAAUUGUUGGAGUAUUUAAAUUGGCCAACUAGCUGGUCAUUUUGAUGUACACGUUUUGAUGUAAAAAAAAAGUUGAAUUUUUGGGAUUUGUUAAUUUGUUUUUAAUGAGAAAAUUUUAAGCAAUUUUUGAGGGUUUGUAUGUUUUGCUAUUUUAAUUUUUGACAAAACAAAACUACAUUUAACAAUAUCUGUAAUAUUUUUACUUUUUUUGUUAAUAUUCUUUAAUCAAACUCCAAUUUUUCUCAUUAUAUGCUGAAACUUGUAUUAAUGUAUUUGAUUUAUUAUGUGGUUUGAAAGCAAUUUUUGAUCAGCUACUAAUUUUCUGUUAUGAGUAAAAACGAGUUUACAAUCAUUUCUUUUAGUUUAAACCAUGAAGGCUUUAGGCAUGGUCGCUUGCUAAAGUACAUGAUUGCCCAGCCAGAGACUGUAAUCUUUGAGACUAGGGAGUUUUGAUGGGUAUUUGAGAGAGUAAAAAUGCUGGACACAGUGCUGACCAAUAUUGCUAUGUGGUCAGAUAAACUGUACUUUUUUGCCACAUGAGCUGUCAUGCCUGAAAAGCACUAUACUUUUACUAAUUAAAAAUUAAACUGUUAAAUUUAGUUUUUAUAUUGUUGAUGAGAUAUGAGUAUCAAUGUUUGAAAGAUGGGGGUUAACAGAUUAUGGGAAUAAAACCAAAACAAAAAUAAAUCUUUUUCUUAAAUAAUGAGAUAAACAAAACAGUAAGGCAACAUCAGUAAAAUUCUGCCCGUUAAAAUUUUUCUUUUAAUGUUGUUGAAUGCAUGUGAUUGCAUUUAGAUUUAUAGAUUCCUUGUAAAUAUUGUAUACUUAAACAUAACCUUUGACCUCUGGUAAUCUGAAGUGUGACAUAGAAUAAAUGGCAGCUAAUUAUUUGAAUUUUAUGGAAGAGAGUUAUUCUUUUUAUUAAUAAUUGCAAAUUAGCCCUAUUAGGCCAUUAUUAUUGUUUUAACAAAAUUAAUGUAUUGAUAUCUUCUAAUACAUAUUCUUUUGCCAGUAAAAUGUCUUCAUAAAUCGAUUUUGAAAACGAUUCUAAAGUUUAGUAUAUCUUUAUUUAUUUGGGUGCAUAAUGCAAAUGUUUUAAAAAUCUUCAGCUUUUCAAAAGUCACUCUUCAUCAUAUUGUUAAUUUUUUAAAUUAAAAUGCUGAGUUCUUUGUAAAACAAAUUUUGUUGUAGACCUAUCAAUUUUUAUUUAGUCAUUUGGUUAAACUAUUCUAAAGCUAUAAACAAUAAUAGAGUGUUAAAUUUUAAAUAAUUUACUACAAUAAUAUAACUGCACUUUGUUUUAUGUUAAAGAUUUCACUUGUUGCCUUUUUAAUGAAGAAAUCUUGUUAUCUUUUUACAGUGUAACUAAAAUUUGAGUGCUAAGGUUGACAUAAGUUUUUAGUAAUGUUGAAUUCUUAUAUCCUUACAGUAAAAAAAUAAACAUCUAUGCAAAUAAUUUAUUAAUAUAAGAUGUUUUUUGUAACUGCUAACUUCUAUCAAAAUUAAAUUUGUUUUCUUUAAAAUUUCUAGUGGGUAAUUUUUUUUUUAAAUUUUAAGCUGUUGCUGGGUUAUGGGAAACUUCAUCUUUUAAACUGUUUUUGGUUAAGGGGUAUUUUUUAUUUCUUCAAUGCUACACACUUUUGUAGUUUGAACUAUGUGUGCUUAUGCUGCAAACAUGUUGGGAUUUUUAUGUAAAAAAUAAACAGACUUUUAAUAUUUCUUUAAAAUUUACAUAUAUGUAAUAUUAUGAUACCACUUACCACUUAGAAAAUAUUUGUUGAUCAUUCUUAUAUUAUAUCUGCCCUAGAUCUUUCAUUAUGUUUCUGUUGCUAAUCUCACUACACUUUCAUUAGUUUAUUAUAAGUGUUACAUGUUAGGUUGGCACAACAACACAUUUUAAAAAUAAUUUAAUCCUUGAAUUUAAAGCCGAGUAAUACAAUUUAAAACCAAUGUCCACUUAAGUGUAUGUUGUUAUUAUUGUUAUUACAUUUCUUUUCCAGUAUCCAACCAAUUAAAAAAAAAAUCAAAUUUAAUUUCUCAAGUUCCUAUUAGUUUAUAAGCUACCAAAACAGAACACAUGAGUAUUUAAAAUGUUUAAAAAAAAACAAUAUGAGCCUACUGUAACAGCCUUUUUUAAAUCCACUUCAUUUACUAUCUCAUCAAGUUGUAUGAGUACAAAUGUUUUUAAUGUUGAAAAAUGUUGGAUUUCGGUUUAAAAUAAAUAUAAACUGGAAA